UCGAGGUUUUUCGGAGUUCGGCCAUCUGACCGUCAGGUCUGAAUGUUGAUCACAGAGAAAUCGAUAGAAAUGCGGAAGUGCUGUGUUGAGCUGCGGUGAAAAUAAUCAUUAUACAACCCAAAACACGGCUGGAACAUGCUGAUAUGAGGAGAUUUUAUACACCUGAUGAUCUGGAUCUCACACUGACUUCAUGAUCUCCAGCUUUUGACAGGAUUCAGAGAUAUAUAAUAUAUAAUAAAUUAAACACAUGUAUAAGAGCAGAAUCACUUUGCUACCACUGUGACCUUUGAACCUUCAUGACCUCUUAUACAAUGUCCUGUCAGAAACCAUGUCUGCUGUUUUAAGUCAUUUGUAGGUAACGGCGGGUUUGAGGGUCGUCCCAUCACCACAAUGUCGUCCAUGAUCUCGGGUGUGAGCGACAUCAGAGCUACAAGAAUAAAGGAUGGUUCUUGUCGUUCUUCUGAGCAUCAUGCACACUUGCUGCUGGCUCAGAUGAAUAAGAUGCGUCUGCACUCAGAGCUGUGUGAUGUGCGUCUGCUGGUAGGAGGUCGGGCGUUCCGGGUCCACCGGUUGGUCCUGGCGGCCAGCGGGCCGUACUUCUCUGCCCUCUUUAACUCAGCCAUGAGCGAGGCACGUGAGGAGGAAGUGCACAUCGCUGGGGUGGACCCAGAUGUGUUUGAGUGUCUUCUGGAGUUUAUAUACACAGGCUGUGUGGAGGUGACGGUGGAGAACGUUCAGGAUCUCAUGAUGGCGGCCGACAUGCUGCAACUCGGCGAGCUCGUGCUUAUCUGUGGAGAGUUUCUGAGGAGCCACAUGGAGCCGAGUAACUGUGUCGGAAUUUAUCAGUUCCUGGAACAGAUCAGCUACAACGAACUCCUGGAGUUCACUCAGAACUACAUCCACGCCCACUUCCUACAGGUGUGUGAGGAGGAGGAGUUCUCCAGCCUGUCGAAGGAUCAGCUUGCAUGCUUGCUGCGCAGUGAGGAGUUGAGGAUCGAGGACGAGUAUCAGGUGUUUACGGCGGCCAUGAGCUGGCUUCUCCAUGACAUCACACACAGGAAGAAGCACGUGGUGGAAGUUCUGGAGCCGAUCCGCUUCCCCCUGCUGUCUCCUCAAAGGCUCUUCGCCUACAUCGAGGGAGUGAGUGACUUCAGCCUGCGGGUGGCGCUGCAGACCCUGCUGAGAGAAUACACAGAGUCAACCAAAACCCCUAAAGACUCCAAAACAGUCGCACAACCGUCAAAGACUCGGCCUCGUCGGAAAGCGCGCAAAUACCUCUAUGCCAUUGGAGGUUACACACGUCUGCAGGGAGGCAGAUGGAGUGACAGUCGAGCCUUGAGUUGUGUGGAGCGAUUUGAUUCGUUCAGUCAGUUCUGGACCACGGUCUCCUCCCUCCAUCAGGCCCGCAGCGGCCUGGGCGUCGCCGUCCUCGACGGCAUGAUCUACGUCAUCGGAGGUGAGAAGGACUCGAUGAUCUUCGACUGUACGGAGCGCUACGACCCCGUUACCAAACAGUGGGCUGCUGUCGCAUCACUCAACUUCCCACGCUGUGGAGUCGGGGUGUGUCCGUGCAACGGGGCUCUCUAUGCACUCGGAGGCUGGAUUGGUUCUGAAAUCGGGAAGACGAUGGAGCGUUAUGAUCCUGAGGAGAAUAAGUGGGAGGUGAUCGAGAACAUGCCCGUACCACGAUACUACUUCGGCUGUUGUGAGCUACAAGGUUCCGUCUAUGUGAUUGGUGGGAUCAGCGACGAGGGGGUGGAGCUUUGUUCAGCCGAGGUCUACGACCCCAUUUCCCGCCGCUGGCGAGCUCUGCCGGUCAUGAUGACACGGCGGGCGUAUGUGGGUGUGGCCUCGAUCAAUAACGCCAUCUAUGCGGUGGGGGGAUGGAACGAGGCUCUCGGAUCGCUGGACACUGUGGAGAAAUACUGUCCUGAGGAGGAGCGGUGGGUGGAGGUGGCGUCCAUGUCGGUGGCACGUGCCGGGGUUAGCGUAGCCGCUGUUAACGGUCUGCUGUAUGCCAUCGGUGGUCGGAACUCUGGGAGGGAUUUCUCGGCUCCGGUCACUGCGGACUCGGUGGAGAUUUACGACCCGCUCCUGGACACGUGGACUGAAAUAGGAAACAUGAUCACUAGCCGCUGUGAUGGGGGCGUGGCUGUGCUCUGAUGCUCCUCCCCUUUACAUGUUUACGAGUCUGUUACAUGAAGUACUCGAUGUUUAUACCUGUACUCCAAAUGCUACGAGCUUGCUAAGUCACAAAUUUUGUAUUAUUGUUAAUAAGAAAACCGUAAGCAUGGUCACAUGAAGGGGCGUGGCCACACUCUCACAGACUCCACCCCUUUCUGUCUAGUUCUCAAGCAUUAUUGCUAAGCUAACAGCGUUCAUUCCAUCAUCUUCUGUUCUAACAUUCUGACUGAAAUUUAACGAGUGUUCAAAAAGAUUUCAAAACAUUUAACACAGACAUUUGUACAGCUAUGAUGAAAGACAUUUCUGUGUUGGUGUGUUAGUGUGUGUUGGUGUGUGUUAAUGUCAUGUUACUUUUCAUGCCACACAUUUCCUACAGUUCAGAUUAAACUAGCAUUUUAAAAUCA